AAACCAAAAAAGCUAUUUUCUCUCGUCUUUCGCAAUCAUUGCAAAUCGCUAUUUCUCGUCAUAAAACAAAGCAAAAAUGGCCGACACGCACACCUACGAGUUCAACGUCACCAUGACCUGCGGCGGCUGCUCCGGCGCCAUCGACCGCGUGCUCAAGAAGCUGGAGGGUGUCGAGAGCUACGAGGUUUCCCUCGAGAACCAGAGCGCAAAGGUCGUUACUGCGCUGCCCUACGAGACGGUCCUGAGCAAGAUUGCCAAGACGGGCAAGAAGAUCAACUCGGCGACGGCCGACGGUAUCGAGAAGUCUAUUGAGAUUCCGGCGACCGCGUAGAGGGAGAGAGAGCCUGGAAUAUGACAGAGGGGUAGAAAGACAGGAGAGAGAGAUAGGCGGGGGAGGGGGUUUUCGCUGCUACUAUACGUCGAAUAUUUGAGCGCUUUGUCUCCUUUUUAUUAACGAAUGAAAUAACGGAUCCUUUUUGGGAGUUUGAC